UUUCGCGUUUAGAGUGCUUCUAAACAAUGACUCAUUUUGCGAAGCAAUGGACAAUGGUUAAUAAAUUGUGGAAAGCCCGGCGUUUCUAGGACAACGGCUCACAAACAACUGAGUGUGGCUGGCGUUUCCCACUUUGUUUAGUUAGAAACAAAAGCAUUUAUAUCACAAAGUCGACGGACCUGAUCCACAACCUCCAGUACACCUGAAGAAUGUCUUUCACGAGCCAGCAGCGCAACAUCUCUCACAGCCACCAUCAGAAGAUGCUGCUGGAGCACCGCAAACAGGAGGAAAUGCGUGAGAAUCAAAGCAAACACAUCGCCAAAGACAAGCAACUGCAAGCCAACAUCCAGUGCGAAGACAGAAUCGAGAAAAAGCGCUUCCUGCGCAAAAUGCAAGAUGAAGAGUACGGCAAACAAAUGGAGGAAUCACUUCUCAAGGCAGAAGCGGACAGACAGUUCAGAGAGAGGCAGCUUGAACAGGAAGAGAGGAUGGCCAAGGAGCUUGCCAGAAUUAAUAAUGAGAAACUCCGAGAUGAGAAGAUGAGGCAGUACAUUAAAGAGAACAGCGUUGAGCUUCGAGAGCUGGAGUUAAAGCUCAAGUCUGCCUACACGAACAGAGAACGGGCAGCACAGAUGGCAGAAAAGGAAGCCAUGCGAUAUGAGACAGUGCGACAAGAGGCAGCUGUUGCCCGUAAGAUGAAGGACGAGCAUGAGCUUGCAGAGAUUGAGAAAGAGAAGCAGGAGCAGAAGAAGUAUGAGGAGGUAGUGCGGUACCAACAAGAACUUGAGCGGCAGCUUGAGGAGAAGGAGCGCAAGAGACAGGAAGCCUAUGAAGAGUUUCUUAAAGAGAAACUCAUGGUGGACGAAAUAGUGCGGAAGAUCUAUGAGGAAGACCAGAGGGAGCUUCAGUUACGACUUGAGAAAGUGGUGGCCACUAAGAGAUACAUUGAAGAUUUUAAAAAGCAGCAAGCAGAGUGGAGACAUUUAGAGCGAGCAAAGGUGGAGGCGGAGAACAGGCGCAUCAUUGAGUUUGCCCAAUACCAGCAGAGGAAGGAGGAGGACAGGAUGGCCAAAGUUAGAGAGCGAGAACAGGCCAAAGAAACCCUGCACAAAAUGCUCUCUGAGCAGAUCGAGAUGGAGAAAAGAGAGCGUGAGAAGAUGGAGCGCGUCCGUGAGGAACUUCACUUGGAAGAGCAGGCCGAGGCUGCAAGACAACAGGAAAUUGAAGAGAUGGAAAAGAGGAUCCGGCAGCGGCUAGAGCUGCAGCAGACAUGUCAGGAGAUGAUGGCCUUCAAGCAGUUGCGCAUACAAGCUGAGAAAGAGGAAGAGAAGACCUUUAGACAGAUGAUGAUGGCCAAGUUUGCAGAGGAUGACCGCAUUGAGCAGAUGAAUGCCCAGAAGCGCCGUAUGAAACAGUUGGAACACAAACGAGCUGUGGAGAAGCUACUGGAAGAAAGGAGACAGCAGUAUCUGGCUGAACAAGAGAGGGAGGAAGAGGAGCGAGCUAUGGAGAAGGAGAGAGAGGCUCAGCGGCGAAAGAUCAUUGAAGAGGAGAGACAGAGGCUCCUAAAACAGCAUGCAACGAAACUGUUGGGAUACCUUCCAAAGGGUAUUUUCAAAGAAGAUGACCUGGAGCACUUUGAUGAGGACUUCAGAAACAAUUUCAAACAACGACAGGCUGAUAUUUUCUCUGAUGAGGGUUGGGGAGAUGAUUCGCUGUAGGUGUGGACUGCAGGGGCCUUUUGGUUGGAGAUAACAGGAACCAGUGACAAGCACAUUCCGAAUCAGUCAUCGGCAGUUAAUCUAGGCCUGCUGCCGUGUCUUAUUAGACCGUUAUCCACAUCACUUCAUCACUGGUCUUUCCGCAGAGGUGUGGAAAUAAAG